AGACAAUGGUAAUAAUUAUUUAACGAUUUGGUGUAAUUCGAACUAUAAUAUCGAGACAUGCAGUUUUAUUAAUUAGCAUGAUAAUUUUUUUAUAAGUAUACUAUUUUUGAUGUUUACUUCAUAUUUGUAGUUCCUUCUUUACAAAGAUAACGUCCAAGAAGGAGAAUUCGAACCAGGAUAAUUCGGAAAGGUAUGUUUUGCUGUUAAUAGUUUCUCUUUCUCUCUAUAGUAGUCGAUUAUGCUAAAAAUCUUGGCUACAUGCUCGCGUUUGAGCUCGCUGGCUCUACCGACUCGACGACUGGAGCUUGCAGCAGUUGCAGCUCUCAGCCGAUUUGUUGUCGUAUUUAAUCGGAUACAUACAACCAACAGCAACUCAUCGCACAAGCAGGAGAAUCAGGAUGCACUGGAGAAUGGCAAACGGAAAAGAGAUAGCAGUAACAGCUCCUGUUCUCCACCUUUGAAGAAGAAAGAUAUUAAACUUGCGAAACCAAAGUCAAUUUCCAAGACUCCUUCACCAGGUGCAAAGCCUCGUGCAAAGCUAGGAACUACUCCAAAAAGUAAGCCAAGUAAACUUUCGCCUGGUGCAUCAAAAAAGACAGAGAAAAAACAACAGAAAAAUACACCUAAUGAGAAGAAAAAAAAGAUAGAAGCUGAAACUGUAAAUGGUGCUACAGAAGAAAAAUUAAAGAACAUUCAAAUUGAAAAUGGUGCAGCUGAAGAAAAAAAGAAAAAAGAAAGAUUUACUUUUUCACAAAAGAAAUCCGAGUCCAGUGAGACAGAAAAGGUGAAGAGGAAGACAAUAAAAAAGAAACGGGCUAGAAUAAUUGAGCCAGUAGAUUCCAGUGAUGAUGAGGGCCAUCUACCUUUACCUGAAAGUCCAAAAAAAUCAGAGGCUAACAGUGAAGAAAAAAAAAUUGAAAGUGUAGAUGAAUCCAGCGAGAUAAAUAAAAAUACUUCAGAUGAUGAUGCAAACAAAAACGAUUUAGACAAAAAAGAAUUGAAUGAAAGUUUAAAGAAAGAGGCUGAGAAGUCGCAGAUUUCUAAGAAUGAAAGUCCAAAGAAAGAGUUUACAUCUGCAGAAUCAGAAACUAUUUCUAAGAAUGAAAGCUCAAAGAAGGAACUUACGCCUGAGAAAAAGACUAAGAAAAUGCACAACUUUUUCUUAUCUAAACAAAAGGACGACACAAAGAUUGAUAAUGCAAACAAUGUGAAAAGCGCCAACCAGUCUUACAAUCCUAGUGCAUCAAACUAUCAUCCGAUAGACAAUGCGUGUUGGAAACGAGGGGACAAAACUCCGUAUAGUGCAUUCGCGCGCACUUUGGAAAUUAUUGAAGAGACGAGCGCAAGAUUAAAGAUAAUAGAGAUACUGUCAAAUUAUUUUCGAUCUGUCAUAGUUCUGAACCCUACUGAUCUUCUGCCAAGUGUUUAUCUGUGCCUUAAUCAAUUAGCCCCAGCAUAUGAAGGAAUUGAGCUUGGAGUCGCUGAUACGAAUCUGAUGAAAGCGAUAGCACAAUGUACUGGUAGAACACUGGCACAAAUUAAAGCCGAUGUUCAGGAGGUUGGCGAUUUGGGCCUUGUGGCAGAAGGUAGCAGAUCUAAUCAAAGAACUAUGUUUCAACCAGCACCGUUAACGAUUUCUAAUGUAUAUUUCAAACUGAAGGAGAUAGCUCAAAUGACGGGAAACGCGUCUCUAUCGAAAAAAUUGGAUAAGAUUCAAACAUUGUUCGUGGCGUGUCGCAAUACAGAAGCAAGAUACCUUAUUAGAUCACUGGCUGGGAAGCUUCGUAUUGGAUUGGCAGAACAAUCUGUUUUGCAAGCAUUGGCUUUAGCUUGUGCAAUGACACCACCGGAACAAAGUUAUCCACCAGAAGUUUUGAAUGCUAGCAAAAAAAUAUCGAGCGAACGUUUCAAAGAAAAGUACGAUGAAAUAGCGCUCAUAUUGAAAACCACAUAUUGUGAAUGUCCGAAUUAUGAUCUUAUAAUUCCUGUUCUACUAAAGGAUGGAAUUAGUGCCUUGCCGAGUAAGUGCAAGCUCACUCCAGGAAUACCUUUAAAACCUAUGCUGGCGCAUCCUACUAAAGGUGUUCAAGAAGUUUUAACGCGAUUCGAGGGUUUGAAAUUUACUUGUGAAUGGAAGUAUGACGGGGAAAGAGCGCAGAUACAUGUUGCGGACAAUGGUCAAGUGAACAUAUAUAGUAGAAAUCAGGAAAAUAAUACUAGCAAAUAUCCAGAUAUCAUUAAGCGAUUUAAGAAUACUCGCGGUGAUCUAGUAAGGAAUUGCGUACUUGAUUGCGAGGCGGUUGCUUGGGAUAACGAGAAAAAACAAAUUUUACCGUUUCAAAUACUCAGUACAAGAAAGCGAAAGGAUGCUAACGAAGAGGAUAUUAAAGUACAAGUAUGCGUGUUUAUGUUCGAUUUAUUGUACCUAAACGAUGAGCCAUUGGUGAAGGAACCGUUCAUGAAACGUCGUGAGUUAUUAAAGCAGCACUUCAAGGAAGUUGAAGGCGAAUGGAAAUUUGCUAAUAGUUUAGAUACUACGACAAUGGAAGAAGUGGAAGUUUUCUUAGAUGAAUCUGUAAAGGGAAAUUGCGAAGGCCUGAUGGUAAAGACAUUGGAGAAAGAGGCGACCUACGAAAUUGCAAAGCGAUCGAGAAAUUGGUUAAAGCUGAAAAAAGAUUACUUAGAUGGCGUGGGCGAUACGCUCGACGUGGUAGUAAUCGGUGGUUAUAUCGGUAAAGGAAAGAGGACCGGCACUUAUGGUGGUUUCCUCUUAGCCUGUUAUGAUCAGGAAAAUGAGGAGUACCAGAGCAUCUGUAAAAUCGGUACUGGCUUCAAGGAGGACGACCUCGAAACUCACACUAAAUUUUUGAAGGAUCACGUAAUAUCACAGGCCAAGCCGUACUACCGCUUUGAUAGCAGCCAUGAACCGGAUCACUGGUUCGAGCCAAUUCAAGUCUGGGAGAUCAAAUGUGCUGAUCUCUCCCUCUCACCUGUACACAGAGCGGCUAUCGGAAUAGUUGAUCCAGAGAAAGGGAUAUCUUUAAGGUUUCCACGAUUUAUCAGGAUUCGCGAGGAUAAGACCUGCGAGCAGGCUACUUCUGCUCAGGAUGUGGCGGACAUGUACAAUAAUCAAGAACAAAUAAAAAAUAAAACCACAGUGUCCAAAGCCACAGAGGAAGAUUUUUAUUAAUUUUUCUUUAUUACUGUCAUUUACUUAAUUUCUAUUAAUUUCCUCUUUUUUUAGUUCAUGACGCGCAAACUGAUUCAACAUGUCCUACUUUUUCUUAUAAUCGUUAAAAUCGUGUGGUACUAUUGUAAAUAAAAUACAUUUGAUAUAACAUAUUAUAAUAAUUAUAUAAUCCCCAAUUGCGCGUUGUGUUUCUUUAUUCAUUACUAAUGAAAAUUUAGGAUAAGGAUUAAUUAAUACUUUAUUUAUAUUCUACAAUCUUACGUAUUAACGUAUAAAGUAUAUAAUUUGUAUAUCAAUAACUUUGAGGACUUAAUUAAUAAAAAUUCUCAAGUCUUCAAACA